AUGGCUUCUACUUUGCGUAAUGUCGUUGUAGUUGGUGGAUCGUACACUGGCGUCAAUACCGCCAAAGAACUUGCCAACGUCCUCCCAGCAACGCACCGCGUGCUCCUCAUUGAUCCUCAUAGCCACUUCCACCACCUGUUCGCUUUUCCACGCUUUGCAAUCCUGCCCGGCCACGAGCACAAAGCCUUCAUUCCGUACUCGGGUGCGUUUGCGGAAGUGCCAAACAAGGAGCAGCAUGCCCGCAUCCAGGCCAAGGUGGUUUCCUUGAAGCCGAAGGAGCUCACCCUUGAUAGAGAAUGGCAGGGCUCAAAGCAACUCCCGUUCGAUUACCUGGUGGCCGCUACAGGAACACGCCUGGUCUCACCUAGCAACAUGCCCUCGGAUGAGAAGAACCCCUCUGUGGAGUACCUGAAACAAUUCAACCAGUCGAUCAAGAAGUCCAAGUCUGUCAUCUUGAUUGGUGGCGGGGCUGUCGGCGUGCAAAUGGCAUGUGAUCUCAAGGAGAUCUACCCGGACAAAGAAGUCACGCUGGUCCACUCACGGGACCAGAUUAUGCCCGUAUAUAACGAAAAGCUGAGUGAGAUAAUCAAGGACAGAUUCAAAGAGCUUGGCAUCAACUUCGUGGGCGGCUCCCGAGUUAAGGUGCCCGAGGGCGGGUUCCCUGUUGGCGGUGGCGAGCCCAUCACAGUCGAGCUGCAGGACGGACGAGCUCUGAGCGCCGAGUUUGUGAUUACAGCCACGGGCCAGACGCCAAAUACCCAAUGGCUCGCAGACCUCCCGCGCUCCUCUGAAGACUCCCUCAUCAACCCCAAGAACGGCUUCAUUCGUGUUAAGCCGACCAUGCAAUUCGCCGACCCGCUAUACCCCCAUCUCUUCGCUGUGGGCGACAUCGCCGACACUGGAGCCCACAAGGCGGCACGUCCUGCGGCUCCCCACGCAGCGGCCCUGACGAGGAACAUGGCUGCCAUGAUCCAGGGCAAAGAGCCGACUGAGGAGAUUGUGGUCAACCCGGCAGGGAUACAUUUGACCCUGGGGCUGACCAAGAACAUCAUCUUCAGGAACCCAAAUCUCAAAGAGGGACAGACAGAGCCAUCUUUUAAUCUCAAGGAUGAUGGAUCAGCAGACAUGAACAUCGAGGGCACUUGGGCGAGGCGCGGAGUGAGGGUCUCACGCCCCGAGGAGUAUCACUUGUGAGAGGUUCAAUGUUCUGGGCCAUCUGAGUUCUCAGUCAAGUAGGAAUAGGAAUUGGGAGACACAAUGGCUCCAGCCUUCAGCCUGGAUGCUAGCAUUCCAUGACAACAUAGAAUUCCUAGAACGGAAAUGAGAUAGGUAGACACUGGAUUUCUAGACCAACGCAUGGAUAAACCAUAUGCACAAUUGCAACAAAAAUGUAUCCAGUAUCUUC